GUGGAGUGAGUGCCGGUGUAUGCGGAAUUGGUGAGCAUACACUGCGAAUGUUACGUUUGGUUGGAAACGAUCGUUGCGACCAAGGCUGUGUAAGUGUUCCGAUAAAUACAACGAUCGCGCUCUCGAAGAUAACAAGUACGCUUUUUUAGCAGAUAUGGAUCUUCGGCCGGCCAUCUCUGGUGACUGCAUAUGUUUGGGACAAUCACAGUUCCCAGGAAUUAGCUGCUUAUGGAUAAGGAGUGAUUGUGCUGAGCAAUCAUGUCACAGGCAGAAGGUCUUCUAGUAUUUCAGCCAAAUGAGCACCAGCACAUUCGGUACAACCCUCUGAAAGGCGAGUGGGUGCUGGUGUCGCCGCACCGCUGUAAGCGCCCCUGGAGUGGCCAGGUGGAGAAGCCAGCUGAGGAAAGCGUGCCCGCGCACGACGCCAAGAACCCACUCUGCCCGGGCGUCACGCGGCCCAAUGGACAGGUAAACCCGGACUACGAAUCGACGUACGUGUUCACCAACGACUUCCCGGCGUUGCUGGAGGACGCGCCACCCGUGCCCAAGUCGGACAACCCGCUCUUCCAGUGCGCUCCAGCGCUGGGCACGUGCAGGGUCAUGUGCUUUCAUCCGAGGUCGGACAUCACGCUGCCUUUGAUGACUCUGGACGAGGUCACCAAGGUCGUUGAGAGGUGGGUGUCGGAGACCAUCGAACUGGGCCUCAAGUACCGCUGGGUGCAGGUGUUCGAGAACAAGGGUGCCAUCAUGGGGUGCAGCAACCCACACCCGCACUGUCAGAUCUGGGCCUCGUCCUUCAUGCCGAACGAGCCGCGCGUCAAGGACCAUUACCAGCGCCAGUACAUGGCCAAGUUCAAGCGGCCGCUGCUGCUCGACUACCUCCAGCAGGAGCUCGACAAGAAGGAGCGGGUGGUGUGUGAGAACGCGGCGUUUGUGGCGCUGGUGCCGCACUGGGCCGUCUGGCCGUACGAGAUGAUGGUGCUGCCGCGCCGCCACGUGCUGCGCAUGCCCGACCUCAGCGACGACGAGCAGCGCCUGCUGGCCGACAUGAUGCGGCAGGUCACCACGCGCUACGACAACCUAUUCCGCUGCAACUUCCCCUACUCGAUGGGCUGGCACGGCGCACCGACUGGCGAUUCCAUGGGGGAGGACUGCCAGCACUGGGUGUUUCACGGCAUCUACCUGCCGCCGCUGUUGCGCUCCUCCACCGUCAAGAAGUUUAUGGUCGGGUACGAGAUGCUGGCGCAGGCGCAGCGUGACCUGACUCCGGAGCAGGCGGCCGACAAGCUCCGCGCAUGCUCGGCCCAGCACUACAAGACGGCGCAGUAGCCGGGUCGGCGUCGCCCCCGGCUGUAGCGGGGAUAGUCGAGUUACACGUUGGGAGGCAGGGGUGAGCGGACAGGGCCGAGGGGUCAUCGCACGUGGUGUGGAGGUCAGGUCAGUGUCGCAGCGUCCGCGCGGUCUCUGUUAUGAGCCGGCUCAAGCGAGGCUAGCGAGCCAAGCCACGCGCAAGAUUUUUUCUAGUAGCGGCGUGUGGCCGUCUGACGCCUUCCUGUUACCACAGUGGAUUGCCUCCAGCGUUUAAUAGAACGAGUCGGUGUGGAUUUGUGCCUGCAUUACCUCGCAAGCACUAGUGGUUGAAUCACACGGGAGCUUUGCAGUACCGAGCUUUUAAAGCUGAUGACAAUGGUCAAUCGGGUAAGAUCACUAGGAGUCGAACUGCUGGCAUGUAGCAUGGUGCCGCUUGUGCUAUUUAAAGCUGUGAAUGCUGAAGAUUGCCGCUAAUGCUAGUCAUAUGAUCAAUGGUUUGCAUACUGCUGUGGUAUUUGUCCACGUGUGUGCGUGAUUGAAAUUGUUUACCAAAAUGUGUACAUACACUCAUUAAGACACGCGAAGGCAUGCGUUCAAAAUUACGCGGCAUGCAACGUUGACUUAGUUGUUAGUUUUACGACGCCCAAAUUUCGAGGCUAAAGGCGUGAGUUGCCUGUUAGGGGCCUGAAUUGAAACGGUAAAACUAUACUGCUGGUACAUGACUCAAGCCAAAGCCCACUAUUCAUGGAAACGGUAUUGACCUGGUGCGCCCCAUGAGCGCGAGGUCCGGACGUUGCGACGUUGCGUGCGCCGUGGCGACAAACUUUCCGCUUUAGACGUUUUGAUAUUGACUCGAUAUUGGCUUGUCAAAAGCGCUGGCCAGAAAUGAUGCUUGUGUGACUUGGUGCGGGCUGUAAGGUUCAGGAGCGCAAUGACGGGUUUAUUUCUCAGGAUUCGGGACAUACACGGCCAGUGUGACACUAGUCCGGUGGUGGGGGGGGGGGGGGGGGGGUGAGCGUGUGAGUUUAUACACCCCGAAAGUGGACCGGUGGCAGGGAAAUGAGGGCGUAGCUCUAUGACGGGUAGCAUCAGGGAAUCGGUCGAUUUACGUGCUCUUCGGUGUCGGUGCCAUGCGGGCCUGUGAUUGGAUAUCAAUACACGUGUGAGGCGCUGGCAGGACGACUCUGCACGUGUCCUCAGCAG